AUGUUGCUGAAUAAGUUUGGUAAUGCUGAUAAUACAAAGAAUAUGUUAACUGAAUGUUGCAUUGGUGAUAAGCUUCAGUUGUCUUCAGUAUAUAAGACACUUGUGCAGCCUGCAAAUGAAGUUGCAUGGGCAAAAACUAUUUGGGAUGGCUUCCUAUAUCCUAAGCAUUCUUUUCUAUUAUGGCUAGCUUGUCAUGCAAGACUUCUCACCAAGGAUAGAUUGUGCCGAAUGGGUAUUUUGAGCACAAAUCAGAUUCAGUGUGUUUUAUGUAAUGGUCAUCAGUUGGAGACAAGGGACCAUAUUUCUUUUGAGUGCCAAUUUUCAGCUAAAAUCUGGAAUAUGCUAAUGGACUGGUUGAGAUAUAGAUGGAGGUCUUGUGUUUGGAGAUUGAUCUUGAAUUGGUACUCUCAUAAUUUGAGAGGUCAAGGCCCUAUGCAGAAAUUGAAAAGGAUGUGUCUCUCCAUUGCAGUUUAUAUGAUUUGGAAAGAGAGGAAUCAGAGAAUUUUUCAUGCUAAAGAAAGACAACCUAUUCAGAUUUUUAGAGACAUCAAAUUUGUAGUUUUUUCAAAGGUUCAAAAUGAUGAUAUACAUGUACAUAUGAAAGAGAUACUUGAGAGCUUGUAA